GUCGGACAGUCAGAUGCUCUAGACUACACACGCAGUCCACACUCGUCUUCACUGUUGAAAGAGGCUGUCACGGGCUGCAUCGCCCAUCACGAUCGCUCAUCGCCGCUAGAGUCUAGAUCAUGAAUACGUAGCCGGUCGGCGUACGAAACCGAACCUAUCCAGAUCGGCUAUGCGAGAGACUGCAGAAAAGCGACCAGCUGUGCUGUCGUCCUAACGCUCCUCGCAAUCUUAUAGGUCGAUCUUAGUCCGGCAUGGACCCCACCAAUCACCGCCUCCAGACCCUUCAGCGAUCAGAUUUUGCUGUUCUGCCAUGCUUUGAUUUCGAUCCCCACGGCUUUCUUGCAGACUGCCCACAAUCGCGUCCCGGUCGGUCGGUGUAUGCGUUGUUUCUCGCCCAGCGACACUUGGUCGUAGCAUGUCUCAUCCGACCUUACCCGCCUCGGGCUCAGGAUCUUCGAAAUUGCCAAUUCCGAGGCUGCACAAACAACGCAGCGAGCCUCCUCGCAAACCUCCAGUAAUCCGACAGAACCGUGUCAGUCGAGCGUGUUUGAGCUGUAGGUCACGAAAGAUCAAGUGCAAUGGUCAGCAACCACGUUGCUUAAAUUGUAGCGAGAAUGCCACAUCGUGUGUGUAUGCAUCAAGUCGCAAGGACCGACUCAAGACGGCUACUACACAGAACCAGGAUAUGAUUACAAUGUUACGCGAUCUACGACAGCACACAUCUACUGAACGAGCAGCUCGCAUUGACGAUCUCUUAGCAAGCGUCAUUGAAGAUGUUGCUGAUGCCGCUGCCACAGUCUCAGACCCAACAGACAAAUAUCGUGGACCGAUUUUUGGCCGCGAGCGAGGUGAAGCCGAUGUGAGCGUAGAAGUCGGGAGCUCUGGUGAGCCUGAUCUGCUCGAUGAAGAUGCCAUGCAAGAUGAGGAAAUAAGAGCCACGGACUUUGUAGGCGAGACAUCUGAGGUCCAAAGGCUGCGUAAGUUGCACAGGACAAGUACCUCCAAUUCGUCGGAGCGAGGUCCUCGGGGCCCUCCUGAUGAUGACGAUGUCGCGAUCAACGACCGCUUGACAGCCAUUCGUGAGCGACGAAACAGCCAUCCUUCACCACCAUUGAUGCCGGCGAGCAAGGCAAGCUUCUACCUGGACGACGAAGUGUUCGAGACGGACAUAAUGGUCGAUCCCUUUGAGAUGCCACCGUUCGAGACUGCGGAGAGACUACUGCAAGCAUACUUGGAUAGCGCACACAACUCCUUUCCAAUACUGGCAAAGAAGACCUUUCUCAACCGUUUCUACCACUAUUAUGCUGCUCGGCAACAGGGUAGCCCAUACAAUGUCCCUCGGAAAUGGCAAGCCACUUUAAAUCUAGUGUUCGCUAUUGGCGCAGUGUACAUCCAUAUGAACUCGGCGGACUGGCAAGCUGACGAUCGCGAUCAUUUGCUGUACCACUCUAGAGCAUGGGCUCUAAGCCUGAGAGAUCCUUGGUGGUUCUCCCAUCCAGAUCUCGCACACAUGCAGAUUACAGGGCUUCUAUCCUUCUACUACCUCAGCAUAGGACACAUAAAUCGUUCAUGGGUCCUCAUUGGCAGCGCGAUGCGUUCUGGAUUUACCUUAGGCAUGCAUCUACGUAGCGAGGAUAGCCAGACAGGAGCUGUCAGAAAAGAAGUCAACUCCAGGAUCUGGUGGGCACAUUACGCUCUAGAACGACUCGUAUCAUCAUUGACUGGACGGCCCAGUCUGGGUGUGGGUUACCUGUGCUCAGUCCCCUUGCCACUCCCUCUCUCGUCUGAUGAUAUCGAGGAACCGACAAUCCAGUCGAGGUGUGGUGACAAAGAUAACCGACCUCAAAGACCUCAAAGACCUCCCGGAAGCCCUCAGGCCAUGGAUAUCUCGGCCCAGCACAAUUUCAACUACGAAACCACUAGCUCUGGACCGGCGAAUUCUGGCUCUUAUCUCAAGAGCAUAGUGAAUCUCGGCGAGAUCACACAAGCUGCUCUUGAAUUGUACGCCACCGAUACCGCGAAGAAGUCAUGGGAGUCCGUACAAAGAUCUAUUGCCCACGAAAAUGAUGCCCUUGACGCCUGGGCGACCGAUCUACCUGAAGGACUCAACUUCUUUCAUAAAUCGCACGUCGUUGGUCACAAGUAUAGGCGUGAGCAAAACACUCUCGACAUUUUGUAUCACAGCACGAAGAUCCUCAUCAUGCGGCCUUGCCUCUGCAGACUCGACCGCCGGAUCUCCCACCAGACAGCUGAUUCGAGUACCUUCAAUCAACGGGCGGCACUCCUGUGCGUUGAGUCCGCCAAAUCUAUUGCAAAUCUUCUACCUGAUGCCGUGGCAAGCAAUCUUGUUCUGUUGUAUCAGGCUGGACCUUGGUGGCAAAUGGUUCAUGUCAUCAUGCAAGCUCUUGUGGUGUUACUUCUCGAGGUUGUGCUUGAGUCAAGGUACUCCCCUCAUGAUUGUCAAGAUAUCAUCCCUUCGAUGCAGAAGCUACUGUGUUGGUUACGAGUAAUGCGGGUGAACAACGGAAUGGCUGUUCGAGCAUAUUCGUUAUCAUUGGGCCUCAUGAAGGAGCUCGCUUCUAUCAUCAAAUUCGAUAUCAGAGAUCUCGUCAAAGAAGAUGACGCGAGAACAUCGCCCGCCAAGCCGAGUCUGGCGCCAUCUGUCCCGGCUUCAACUUACACUCCCUAUCCAGACGUCCUCAAUCCGAUCGAGGAGCCACAAACUGUGAUUGUGCCACUAGCAGCUCCCGUCACAACGCAAAAUCUUAAACAACAAGAGAAACAGCAGCAUGCGCAUGAGGCACUGUCCCAUUCGCAAUUCCGAUCGGCUCCGUCGCAAGGCCUGAGUCAUCAGAUAAGUCAAAAUACAGAGCCAAUUCGCCUUCCACCUCGCUUUGCCGAACAUGAUCUAGAUUCGGAGUUCAGCGCAUACGACAAUCUCUUCAAGGUGUCUUCUGGAUACGAACAGGUCACCUUUCCAGGAUGUGUUGUCACAAGUUUCGAUGAGCAUGACCUGUUCUCGGGGACUGGAUUUCGAAAUGUGAAGUCUUGGGCUCAAGAGAAUAGUCUCGGACAAGGAGACAAGAAGGUAUGUUGAGCAGAAGAGCAAACGGAAAUGCGCUCAGCAGUGGCAGACUUUGAGGGCGAGGCAAGCGCACAUUCCACCAAGGCCGAUACACAUGUUCUCACGCCUUCGCGUGGCGUGUCGUCAUUGUGGUCAGGCUAUCCACCACGACAAGGCCAGGACUCUGCAACGAUAUCGGUUACAUCGUCAAGACUGCCGAAUAUAUUCACUACAGAAUUGCGCCCCCUGUGUAGUUGUUGAAGCUGAGCUUUUCUUCGCUUCUGCUUGUGUUCCUGAUUUGGCUACACUGAUGCAGCUUCUAUCUGCUUUCUUCUCCAC